AUGGGACUGUGUUGCGAUAUUGUUGUAUUUCCAAAUCAGACUUUGGACCUUAUUUCAUUGAUCUCAUUUUGUCGACAUCAGUUAGAGACGUUUCGUUCUUCCUUCCUAUUUUUUAUAUUCUCAUCGACAGCACUUGCGCUGCAGCAAACUUUAGCUUUGUUAUUUCUUCCGAAUGUCUUAUCCGUUUUUCAGGUCCUAUUAUUCAUAAUUAUAUAUGUACCAGUGUUAGCCUUAUCACUGAUGGCCUCACCGCGUGGCUCUGGUGUAAAUCGUGAUGAAAUAGCUCCGAAAAACAUUUCCUCAGCUCCGAAACGUGUCAUUCGUCGUGCGAUUAUUUAUUUCUCAAUAAAUUUUCUUCCGUCUCUUUUCGUCGUCUGUCUUAUUUAUUAUAGCACCGUUGUGAUAACUAGAAAAAAGUAUGAAUAUCAGAGAAGUUCCAACUAUUCGUUUUAUCCUGCUAAUCAUGCCGUUAUUAUUGGCCAGCAUGUUGCUUCGUUUUAUUUGCUUCUUUACUUAUGUACGUUAUCAAUGGGUUUUGUUCAUUUUCGUGAUAACUGCUGGGCGAAAUAUCCACUGGAUAAUUAUUAUUGGGUAGCCGUAACAUCUUGCGUUAUUCUUAUACAGAUCGCUUAUACAAAUCUUUCAUGUGGUUCAUUGUUGAGUUAUAUUUUUGACUGCAACAUUUGGGUUAUAAUAAUCUCAUUUUUUGGGUAA